AUGGGUGAGGUAGGUGUUAUUGGUAGAAUAGCUGUUAUUUUUGUGAUGCCUACAGCUCCAUGGAUGAAGGCUCCUCGCCUUCUCCAACCGCGUGAAGUGUUAAACCCUUCAAAACCCACCACCAAAAAGGGCUCAAACAGAAAUGCUAAACCACCUGACAAGGCAUUGUUUGGCAAGGAAAGUGGGGUUAGAGGGAAGAAAGUGAUGAAAAAUAUCAUUAGAAGCAUGGAAAAGCUACAAAGAAAUGUUGUUUUGGAAGUUACCCAGAUUGGGAUUUCUGAAGAAUUCGAGCUGGAAAGGUGGUUGGAGGAGAUUGGAAGAGAUGGAGAAGCGAAGAAAUAUGAUACGAAAAUGCCUUGGUUUAUGUUUAGGAAGAUGAAAAAGGAGAAAGUUUUGACUCAGGCUGAAAUUAGUCUUGAUAAAGAUUUGCUUGAGAGAUUGAGAAGGAAGGCUAUUAGGAUGAGGAAAUGGGUUACAGUGAUGAAAGCGGUUGUAACUCAGGCUGUUGUUGAUAAGAUAAGGUUGGCUUGGAGGAAGAAUGAGCUUGUGAUGGUGAAAUUUGGCGUCCCUUUGUGUAGAAAUAUGGAUAGAGCAAGAGGAAUCGUUGAGGUUUGUGCGACAACUCCUCGAGAAGACAUUUUCUUUAAGCCACUCCAUUAUCAGGAGACUCCAUGAUAGAGAA